CUAGAAUGGUUUGGACUUUUAAUGUCAUGAAAGAUUUAAUAAAUUUUCAUAAUAAAUAUUACAAAGAAUUCAAAAAUAUUCUGAAUACUGAGCAUGCUAUUAUCUGGGAUGGGAUAGCAAUCAAAAUAAACAAUCAUCAUUCAGCUCAAGUUACUGGCAGACAAUACCAAGUAAUAGGCCACGCUGGUUCACAGUUAUGCGAACUCUAG